GUGUUUGGUUUCGUUUACUUUUGUGAAUUGUACCAUUCUUCUUAUUGCUUUGUUUCUUACCAUAGGAUUUAUAAAUAAUACCAACCAAGAUGUCUUCAGUAUGUUGUGGAACUAAGAAACAAAAAUUAAAUAACUCUUACAGUAAUAGUAUAGAUCGACCUUUGAAUGGUUACCAAGAAUCUGUAGCUAUACCCGAUAUGUGUUACUUUUGUUUCGAUGUUUUGUAUUGUCAGCUGCACAGCAUGGAUCCUCCACAGACGCCAAAUUUUACUAACGAAGCCUAUCCCUUGUUUGUGACAUGGAAAAUUGGGAAGGAGCAUCGUCUUCGAGGUUGCAUCGGAACCUUCAAUGCAAUGCAUUUGCACUCGGGUUUACGCGAAUACGCGAUAACAAGUGCGUUAAAAGACUCGCGCUUCUCCCCAAUAACGAGGGAGGAAGUGCCCCGGCUGACGGUGUCGGUGUCCAUUCUGCAGCACUUCGAGGAGGCGGAGCACUACCUCGACUGGAAGUUGGGGAAGCACGGGAUACGUAUCGAGUUUAUAAGUGAACGUGGCACGAAGCGGACCGCCACGUAUUUACCACAAGUUGCCACUGAACAAGGUUGGGACCAAAUCCAAACGAUCGACUCGCUGCUCAGAAAGGGCGGGUACAAGGCGGCCAUCACGGCGGACAUGCGGCGCAGCAUCAAGCUGACGCGCUACCAGUCGGAGGAGAUCUCCGCCUCCUACAACGAGUACGUCAGCCAGCGGUGCUAGCAGCGUCCGCCUCCCACGUGCCGCCAACAUCCGCGGCUCGUGUACCAACACAUACCUUAUACAUACAACAGACCCUAUCGCAGUACGGACGGUCGGCGCAGUUAUAAAUAUUGUGUUAGAUGUAACUUAGAUGCUAAGCGUACCCAUGGUGUCCGAAACGAGUGUACAGAGAAUCGUGUGCAGUGCAACCACGUGCGUGACUAUACGAGGACGGUGAAAGGCCAGAAUUAUGCUCAAAGUGACGUCCCAGACGACAGAUCGUGUCUUAUAAAAAUCAUAUAGGGUUUUGACCACUGCCAAUCACAUUCCUUCGUGGUGACGACGCUGCCAUCUAUAACGAAGUAUGAAACUUAUGAAUUAAUGUAAAUACAUAAUACCGUGGAUUUAGAUCUGGGGUUGAUUAUGUGACAUUGUUGCAUUCCGCACCGAUCGAUCCCCCGUCCAAUUCAAACGGGGAUCGACAUUACGACGACCUGAGUCCAGGUUCGAACCCUAACGUUGCCCUCUGACUAAAGUCGUAUCUGUCAGGCAGGAGUUGGCCUUCAGCCGCUCCAUAAGUCCUUCCGCGGGUUUGGGGUGCCAUCUGCACUCGCCCCUUAUCGUCCGGUGAAGCUGUAAAGGCCAGCUGCGGCCCACAACAUUAGACUAGUCCGAAAAAAACUGUUGGAUUGGUUUCAUAUACAAAGCUUUGCAGUUCAUAUGAACUAUUUUAUACUGCCAAAUAUAAGAGUUAUUCGUUUUGUGACUACAACAUUCAAAUAGUUCAUAUAUAUAAUUUAAUUUCAGUUAAUUUAAAUUUGCUACAUAAUCAGCCCCUUGGUUUGUGUUUGUGAUAUUUAUUGGUUUAAAUUUGCAACUGUAAAACUUAAAUAAACAAUUCGAAACGGUUUAUAAUAAAAAAAAAAACAAUUCCAAACACGUCACAUAUUCAAGCACCCGGUAUUUGUACAAUAGUUAAUGUCAUAUAGCGUAGCUAGAAUUGAUUACCAACAUUCGGGAAUGCACUUUGAACAAAAUUGUCAAAUGCCACCUUUGUAUUUGAUCGAGAAAGCAAUCGUUGACAUGAGCUCCGUAGUCCUACAAGCGGAUAACUACAGUCCGGCCGCUCAGAGUUUGCAUUUCUGACAGGUCGGGAUCAAAUGGGCGAUGUAACUUUAAACUAACGUACAAUUUACGGCAAAUUUUUAAAUAUCUUUUAUUUGCCUUAUUAAAGAGUGAUAACAUUAAAAGUUUAAUAAUUAUUACAACUUACAAUAAAUGUAUUAAUUUUGGUCUAAAAUUAUUAACUAUUAACUGCUUAACAAAUAUAAAACAAUAGUUUUUAAAAUCAAACCACAUUAAACUGUUACAAAUUUAUUUGUUCACGUCACUACAAAAACAAACAGUUCAUUUUUCGAUCACGACCUGUCAGAAACUCAAACUCUGAGUGCUCGGACUUUUGAGCUUUUUGACGAUGUUUAGAAUGCGAUAGAACAUCUC